AUGGCCUCCGUAUCUCGUUUCUCAACGUUAAUCGUUUUACUCGCAACUAUAUGUCUUGCCCAGACAGUCACGCUACACGCUGGUCUCAACAACGUCCUCUCUAACGGCCCCAAUACUAAAGCGAUUAGCGCUCGAUAUGCAAGCGGUUCAUCAUUUGCAGAGGAUAAAGAGGAUGUGACCUUGCUCGAUAUCGUUCUUGUUGCCUCCGUCGAUGGUCGAUUCCACGCACUUAACCGUACCUCUGGACAGAAACUCUGGUCUAUGUCGUAUUCUGCGCACGGGGCUCCGUCUAGUAUUGCGCCGCUUGUUCGUACCAGACAUGUCACCUAUGACUCUGACUUGACGGACGAUGAUGACGCCCAUCAUGAGGUGUACAUGAUCGAACCACAGUCGGGUGACAUAUAUGUGAUGGCUACCCCCAGUAGUAAACUCCAACGCCUCUCUUUUUCCAUGGCACAGCUUGUCGAGAUGUCGCCUUUUAAAUUUGCGCGGGAUGACGAUGAGCGGGUCUUUGUGGGAAAGAAAGAGACAUCUCUAGUGUCAAUAGAACUGGAAACUGGGAAAGUCAAGGCCAUUAAUGCUGAAUGCCCUUGGGGUCCAUUUGAAAAUUUCAGCCACAAGGAGGAGCUUGACCUAGACGAACUUGAAGAUUAUAUGCCAAACAAGGAGAGGUUCAUUCCGACAGAGGUCUUCAUUGGACGUACCGACUACCAAAUAUCCAUCUUCACCCGCUCAAAUACCCCCAAUGGUCGAAAGGUUCCUAUACAGAAUCUGUCUUUCUCCACAUAUGGUCCCAACAACCAGGACAAUGUCUUGCAAGCGGCGUACCGGAAGACGCAAGACAGCACAUACAUUGACUCCCUACCCACUGGCACAAUCGUUUCACUUAAAGCACAUGAAAAUGAUUCUGCAGGUCCGUACUCUCUGCAGAAAGCGCAGUUCAUGUGGACAAACCAUUUUGAUAGCCCCAUAGUGGCUGUAUUUGAUGUUCUGUUGAGCGCUCAGAAGCCAGAUCCAUUCGUCCUCUUGCAACCUCGUCCUGACUUCUUGCGCGGAUCGGAUGUAUCCUCCCUUGAUAUCAAUACAGCUUAUGUCGGACUUGUCGAAGAGUCACUCUACGUAAUGGGUGUGGACCACUUUCCACUAACCGCAUUCGGCGACACUGAAUUCAACCACAAACUCAUCGAGUCUGUCGACGGUAUCACUCGGCGGCGCAAGAUGGUGGAGCUAUGCGAACGUGAUCCAGACAAUACCAAAUGCCUCACGGGUAAACACCACCUUGAUUCGUCUUUGAAUAACAAACAACUCCCAGGUGUUCCUGGUGCGAUGCUGCCUCCUGGCGACAACUCGAAUCCACCAAUCGAUGCCGUAGAGGCCAUGCCCACCCUGUCAGAUCCCAGGGACAACACAUCCGUGACUGUACCAGGUUGGAUGCCGUGGUCGGGCACUAGCUCUGGUGCACAUACGAAGGUACUCGGCCCAACAUCACCCAUCUCUACCAUUGGUUCCAUAAUGCUCGCCACCGCCUUUGUGGCCGGGUUCAUAUUCCGAUCAAAGCUACCCCGCAUGAGGCUUCAGAUGGCGCCCGCCACGGUCUCUGUACCAAGUUCCAUCGAGGAAAAGACAGAUGGACAUAUGACAACACCGCCUCCUCGCCUAGAUACCCCUGCCAUACAUGCAGUGGAGAUAUCCCUGGUUCCCUCCAAACCCACACCAGUUACCAUUAACUCGGGACCUAUGCUAUCACCAGACGACACCCCUUCUCACGUACUGCAACCUCCCAACCACUUCCCAGAGCUUGUACAAUUUGAUACCCCCGGCACGACAGCACUUGAUAUUGGAGAGGCAGAUGAUAGUGACAGGGAGACUCCAACGCCGAAGAAACGCCCUCGACGUGGUCGCAGGGGCAAGAAAGGAAAGGGCACAGGGGCAGCCAUUAAUGGCAUGGAGGAUGAUCAGGAUGACAAGGAUGCAAACAGUCAUGUUCCCGAGGCUGUGGUCAAAGACAGCCCGAAUACCCCUUCUCCCACACUCGUGGUGCCUCAGACGCCGCAGGCGGCUACAUCUUCCCUGGUCGUGUCUGAUACUAUACUAGGUUUUGGAUCUCACGGAACGGUUGUAUACCAAGGCUCCCUCCAGGGGCGUGCAGUAGCUGUUAAGCGCCUUCUGCAAGAUUUUGUCACUCUUGCCUCCCGCGAGGUUGGUAUUCUCCAAGAAUCGGACGAUCACCCGAAUGUCAUCCGAUAUUACUAUCAAGAAGCCCAUGCUAAUUUCCUCUACAUUGCUCUCGAGCUUUGCCCCGCGUCCCUUGCAGACGUCAUUGAGAGCCCCGACCGAUUUCGCGAGAUAUCCAACUCAUUCGACCCAAAGCGUGCCCUCCGCCAGAUAACAUCUGGUCUCCGACACCUGCACUCGCUCAAGAUUGUUCACCGCGACAUCAAACCCCAAAAUAUUCUCAUAUCUGCACCAAAGAAGGGUGCAUCAGGAAGGGAUGGCGGACGGAGGAUGCUCAUUUCUGAUUUCGGCCUAUGUAAGAAACUCGAGAUGGACCAAACGAGUUUCCUGCCGACAGCACACGGGGCCAUGGCUGCAGGCACUGUCGGAUGGAGAGCGCCUGAGAUUCUCAGGGGGGAAGUGAAACUUGACGACUCGAUGAGUGAUGACCACUCACAAUCAUCGCGAGGCAGCGUCAGUACUGCAGUGAAUGGGUCAACAUCAGGCAAGCCAACGAGGCUGACUAAAUCUGUCGACAUUUUUGCGCUGGGAUGCCUAUUUUACUACGCCCUCACUAACGGAUUACAUCCAUUUGGGGAUCGGUUCGAGCGGGAGGUCAACAUUCUAAAAAAUGCCAAAUCCUUAGAUGGCCUGAAGCAGUUUGGCGAAGAGGGUUCUGAGGCGGUAGAUUUAAUCACCAAUAUGUUAGAUCCUGAAGCCUACAACAGGCCCGACACGACAUUAUGUCUUCUACAUCCAUUUUUUUGGGACCCAGGACGUCGCUUGAACUUCUUGCAAGACGCAUCAGACCGCUUCGAAAUCAUGUGCCGAGAUCCCCGCGACCAAAACCUGAUCAUUCUCGAAACUGGCGCUUUUGAUAUCGUCGGUCAAGAUUGGCAUGCGCGGUUGGAUAAGGUUUUCAUUGAGAACCUGGGCAAGUACCGAAAGUACGAUGGCAAGUCUGUGCAAGAUUUACUCAGGGCUCUGCGAAAUAAAAAACAUCAUUAUCAAGAUCUCCCAGAUCAUGUUAAGCGGCAUCUAGGUCCCAUGCCGGAAGGCUUCCUAUCCUACUUCACCCGCCGCUUCCCCCGCCUCUUCAUGCAUGUGCACGGCGUCAUAUCCAACACAUCAUUAUGCCACGAGUCCAUGUUCAAGACAUAUUUCGAACUGGUCGACUAA